AUUCAUUCGGUUCUCUGCCAUCGUGUGGUUAAGUUAGUCCGUUAUAAAAGUGAGUAUCGCCAAUUCCGUGAUAUCCGUGUAAAUUUGUUGUUUGUUUCGAUCUUGUGAACUUCAUUCUAUCGCUAAGCCGCGUGCGAUGCGCACGGCUCAAAUUCCAAGAGUGAAAGAUCCAGCAAAUAGAAAAAAACCAAAAAGAGAAUAAAAAUAUAAAGACCCAGAAACUGCCAAUAUCGCGACAUAAUCAGCUUUCAAAUGUAUACUGAAUGACGAAAUCAAAUCGAAUAAUUUGCAAAUCGAUUUUGAAGAUAGCAUCAAAUUAACUGGCCAAGUGGCAAAUAUCAAACACCAUAACGUUGAAUACGCUCGAGGUGAUAAGUGGCAACGACGCCGGCGACAUAAAACAUGGGUACAAAAAUUGAAUAUGUGGAUUCGAAUCACUUGCAUGCAACGAAUUAUAUUCGAAACUCGAAAGCGAUAGCAGUUCUAUGGGCAAUUUUCACAAUAUGCUAUGCCAUUAUAAGUGCGGUGGCGUUUUUCACACCAGAAUGGGUUGGUGAUUUAGAUUCAGAGAAUGCAGGUCGUUUAGGCUUAUGGCAAGUAUGCCAACGUGACGAAACAUCGGAUAAUUGCCAAAAACAGUUGGCCGAUUUUCUAUCGAUACCUUCGAUUCCGUUUCAGGUGGCGACGGCUUUCGUUGGUCUAUCGGUUGUCACAGCAGUACUCACCAUUUUAUUUCUAGUUUUUUUAUUUUUCCUCAAAUCGACGACUGUCUUUCAUAUCUGCGGUUGGAUGCAAAUUCUAUCAGCAAUCAGCAUGAUAGUGGGAUGUGUUGCAUUUCCGUUUGGAUGGAAUUCGAAUGAUUUUCGAAAAAUAUGCGGCCCAGAAUCCAAUCGAUUUGAGCUCGGCUUAUGCGGAAUACGAUGGGCAUAUCCCUUGGCCAUCAUUGGUUGCAUUGAUGCGUGUAUAUUGGCCACAUUAGCAUUCAUACUAGCCACACGACAUGUACGAUUACAACCCGAACCAAUGUACCAAAAUUCUAUGUUUAAAGGCGAGGUAAAUAAUGCGUAUUUAACGGACGCCGUUAGCAUAGCUGGUUCACGAAAAUCGCUAAAUUUACAACCGGUGUUGCUAGUUGCUCCACCACAUCAUAUGCAAACCGCAAAUGGAGACGACAGCAUUUCACAGUUUUCAAAUCGCACAUCCAGUCGUUACAAUCACAAUCGACCCGAUUUCCACAAUUCCAUGCAUCAUUUCCAAUUGUAAACUUGAUUAUUUAACAAUUCUUAAUACGUUUUUGUUAGUUCGUUUGUUUCAUUGUGUUUUCGUGAUCGUUUUUCCAUACAUGCUACAUAUACUUUUGUCAUAAAAUUCUGGGCUCCUUGACCCAACAUCAACACCAUCAAAUUUGUACAACUCAAAUGAAUUCUAUUCGAAUGCGAACCACUUUAUUCAUUCGCAUUUAAUUUUCUAUGUUUAAGACUUUUUCUUUUGUAAGAGAUUUUAUUAUAUUUAUAAUUCAAUUGCAUUGUGAUUAGCGACGAUAUGGAAUGUGGAACAUUUUUUAAAAUGGUCCAAUCAUAGAAGAGAAAACCGACAUGGAAAACGGAUUGCAUAUAUUGUUAUGCAUAAUUGUAUUUGAAAUUGUUUAGUCGAUAAAUGUAUGUCAUUUUUAUGCGAGCCGCAUAUUUGUAUUUGUAUUUUAGUUGAAUUGAAAAUUUUGAAUAAAUUUAUUGCAAAACAGCA